AUUCAGAAAAAUACCAUAAACGAACUCUACGAACAGCAGCAAACAAAAAAAAUAAAAAAAGCUUACAGAACAUUGGAAUCUCACUCUUUAUUAUCCUGUCUCUAACUUUUGCCGUUGUUGGUCGAAAGCUAAAUCCUUUUCAGCAAAUCUACUACAGGUAGGUGGUUUUGUCCAAGAUUUUGACUUUCUUUCUUUUUUACCGUAAUUGGCAUUGCCUUGAGAGUUUAUCUUCAUUUGGGCUUACAGUAAGAUCUAUUACCUGAGUGCCCAUUUCCUGAUUUGGAUCAAAAACUUAGCUUUCAGUCUUAGGAUUGUGAAAGCUUUUCCAGAUAUGGGGUUUGAGACUAUGUACUGCUUCAAGAUUGGGAAUUUGUUAGAAUCUUACAUCUCAUGAGCACAAAGUAUUUGGUUUUAAAGACAUGACAAGUCCUUGGUACAAGAGUGUCUCCUCUGUUUUUGGUCUCAGAGGGUUGCUGUUCUUUAUACUCGGCGUUGUGGCUCUAGUUACUAUUUUAGCACCAUUGACAUCCACUUCAUACGAUCCUUCUACUGCUUCAACGCUUGUUCCCAACGUUUAUAGUAACUAUAGGAGGAUAAAGGAGCAAGCCGCGGUUGAUUAUCUUGAUCUAAGGUCUCUCUCUUUAGGGACUGCUCUUAAAGAGUUUCCUCUGUGUGUUGGUAAAGAAAGAGAGAGCUAUGUGCCUUGUUAUAACGUGACGGGGAAUCUACUUGCCGGGCUUCAAGAAGGUGAGGAGCUGGAUCGGCACUGCGAGUUUGAGAGAGAUAAGGAGAGAUGUGUAGUUCGACCUCCGAAGGACUAUAAGAUACCACUUAGGUGGCCGCUUGGUAGAGAUAUCAUAUGGAGUGGGAACGUCAAGAUAACUAAAGACCAGCUUCUUUCGUCAGGAACCGUGACGACGAGGUUAAUGUUGCUUGAAGAGAAUCAGAUCACCUUUCACUCGGAAGAUGGCUUGAUCUUUGAUGGGGUCAAAGAUUACGCUCGUCAGAUUGCUGAGAUGAUAGGCCUAGGAAGCGAUACUGAGUUUGCUCAAGCUGGUAUACGGACAGUGUUAGACAUUGGUUGCGGAUUUGGGAGCUUUGGUGCACAUCUAGUGUCUUUGAAGAUGAUGCCUAUAUGUAUAGCAGAGUAUGAGGCAACUGGGAGCCAAGUCCAGUUAGCUUUAGAGAGAGGCCUUCCUGCAAUGAUUGGCAACUUCUUCUCAAAACAGCUUCCUUAUCCAGCUUUGUCUUUUGACAUGGUCCAUUGUGCUCAAUGUGGCACUACUUGGGAUAUCAAAGAUGCAAUGCUACUUUUGGAAGUGGACCGUGUUCUGAAACCAGGAGGGUACUUUGUUUUGACCUCUCCAACGAACAGAGCGCAGGGAAUCUUGCCAGACACGAAGAAGACAAGCAUCUCAACACGGGUGGAUGAUUUGUCUAAGAAAAUCUGCUGGAGUCUAACAGGGCAGCAGGAUGAGACGUUUCUUUGGCAGAAAACAUCAGAUUCAAACUGCUAUUCGUCUCGUUCACAAGAUUCUAUACCUCUUUGCAAAGACGGAGAUAGUGUCCCUUACUACCACCCACUGGUUCCAUGUAUAAGCGGAACCACAAGUAAACGCUGGAUACCUAUUCAGAACAGAUCUGCUAUUGCAGGAAUUACCUCAGCUGAGCUUGAGAUCCAUGGUAUAAAACCUGAAGAGUUCUUAGAGGAUACACAGAUAUGGAGAUCAGCACUCAAGAACUACUGGUCCUUGCUUACACCUUUGAUAUUCUCUGACCACCCGAAGAGACCCGGUGAUGAAGACCCUCUCCCUCCUUUCAACAUGAUACGCAAUGUGAUGGACAUGAAUGCUCGUUUCGGGAACUUAAACUCCGCUUUACUCGACCAAGGGAAGUCCGCUUGGGUGAUGAACGUUGUCCCGGUCAAUGCACGUAACAGUCUUCCGAUCAUACUUGACCGUGGCUUCGCCGGUGUUCUACAUGACUGGUGUGAACCAUUCCCAACGUAUCCACGAACGUAUGACAUGCUUCAUGCUAAUGAGAUUCUCACGCUUCUUAGCUCAGAACGGUGUAGCUUGAUGGACUUGUUCUUGGAGAUGGAUAGGAUUCUUCGGCCCGAGGGAUGGGUUGUUCUAAGCGACAAGGUGGGAGUAAUAGAGAUGGCACGUGCACUAGCAACACGAGUGCGGUGGGAAGCACGAGUCAUUGAUCUUCAAGACGGUAGCGACCAAAGACUUCUUGUCUGUCAAAAACAAUUUCUCAAGAAGUAACACGCAUUCAAAAAUAUAUAUAUAAUUCUUCUUUCACACUACACAUAAACAAACACUCACUAGUCACUACUACUACACAGUAUUUUCACGGGUAAGUUCUCUGUAAAGAAGGAACUUGAAGAAGGUUUUGUAAUGAGUGGAAGCUUUUAGCUUUGAGUAGAAGAAAGAAAAAAAAAAGUUAGAUUCAAUAUUCUUUGAUUCUUCUUUUUCCUUUUUUAAUUUUGCUCUUGGACAGAAAUAUUUUUCAUUCUUC